AUGCUGAUCCAGAUCUUGCCAAGGAAUGAGCAGUACAAGUGCUUGAUUACAGCUGCCGCGAAUUGGACGAAGCAGUACGCGACCGAGGAAGGUGGCGACAUCCUCAGCUGCUGGUGCACGGCACAGGGCUACGAGGCGCUGUUCCGAGACCAAGGCCUGCCUUUCGGGGUUUUGGGCUUUGGGAGCCGUCUUUUGGGGCUACUAGAAGGCAAAGAGUAG